AUGAAUAAGAAAAGAUACUUUCUGGAGUCCCCCGUGGUCAAAGAUUAUAUGGUUAAAGGAGAAAGAUUUACCAAGUGGUCAGAGGACUCCACCAAGACUGUCCCUAUCACCAUGAAGAUGGAUACCAAAGGCUUUUACCUCUAUUGGACAAAUCAAAGCAAGGAGACAACGUUCUUGGAUGUUGCAACUAUCAGAGAUACCAGAACAGGAAAAUAUGCUAAACUUCCAAAACACCCAAAGGUCCGAAAUGUGUUUAACCUCGAUUUCCCAGACAGUAACCACUUGGCCAAAACGCUGACUGUUGUUUCUGGUCUCGACACUGUCAACCUGACCUAUGAUAACUUCUUUGCCUCUAAGGAUAAAGUGACGCAGAACUGGGCGAAUGACAUUCUUGCUAUUGCCUACAACGCUGCAAGAAAUAACGCCUGCAGACAAAUAUUCUUGGACAAAAUCUAUGUUCGGAUUUGUCUCCAGACGAACAAAGAUGGCAAGAUCCCUGUAAAACAUAUUUACAAAAUGUUCCCCGCUGAUAAGAAGAGAGUGGAAAGCGCACUGGUGUCAGCACACCUGCCCAAAGGAAAGUUUGACAGUAUAAAGCCUGAUGUCUUCACUGAAUCAGCGUUCAAGAUAUUCUUGGCAAAUCUCUGUCCUCGCCCUGAGAUCUAUGAGAUCUUCACUUCUUAUUCCAACAAACCCACCAUGACUAAGGAGAACUUCACGAAGUUCCUCAACGAGAAGCAGCGGGACUCCCGGCUCAAUGAGGAGCUGUUUCCACGACUACGACAGGAUCAGAUAAAAGCUUUGAUGAACAAAUAUGAACCAUGCAACACCAAUUGUAACAGAGGUCUGAUUACCCCAGAAGCCCUCUUGUCGUUCCUGAUGGGUCCUGAGAAUUCGGUGGUCAUGCAAGACAGGCUAGCUAGGUGUCAGGACAUGACCCAGCCCCUACCACAUUACUUCAUUAAGUCCUCUCAUAACACAUACCUGACAGCUGGCCAGUUUUCCGGUGUGUCCUCCCCAGAAAUGUACCGCCAGUGUUUGUUGUCUGGUUGCCGUUGUCUAGAAUUGGACUGCUGGAAGGGGAAACCUCCAGAAGAAGAGCCCAUCAUUACACAUGGCUUUACCAUGACCACUGAGAUCCUUUUCAAGGAUGUGAUUGAGGCCAUUGCCGAGAGCGCCUUCAAGACCUCACAAUAUCCUGUUAUACUUUCCUUUGAGAACCAUGUGGACUCAGUGAAACAACAGGAGAAGAUGGCCAACUACUGCAAAACCAUAUUUGGUAGUGCCCUGCUGACAGAGCCUCUAGAGAAAUACCCACUGAAGCCAGGUCAGCAAAUCCCUAGUCCAUGUGAGCUCAUGGGCAAGAUCCUAAUCAAGAACAAGAAGGGAAUCCACGAGAACACCAACCAUAUUACCAAAAAGAGCAGCACAGUAACCAGUGAGCAGAUGACAACCGUUGCUUCACCCGCUCAAAACACAGACCCACCUUGCGAGGAUUCCGCCAACCCAACCGGCCUAGAGAACCAGGGAGACCUGGCUGGUGAAGACAAUGAGGAACAAGAAGACACAGAGGAACAGGAUGAGGACAAGAUGAAGACCUCCGACGAGGGUACAGCUGGACAGGAAGUCACAGCCUACGAGGCGAUGUCAUCAUUGGUCAACUACAUCCAGCCUAACAAAUUCAUCUCUUUCGACAAUGCCAGAAAAAAGAACAAGAGUUAUGUCAUCUCAUCUUUUGUGGAGACCAAAGGGGAAGCUAUGAUUGCCAAGACUGCUGUUGAAUUUGUUGAAUAUAAUAAAAGGCAGAUGAGCAGAAUUUACCCAAAAGGAACAAGAAUGGACUCAUCCAAUUUCAACCCCCAGAACUUUUGGAAUGUGGGAUGCCAAAUGGUGGCACUCAACUAUCAGACGAUGGACUUCCCCAUGCAGCUGAACAUGUCUUUGUUUGAAUUUAACGGGAGGACAGGCUACUUGCUCAAACAUGACGUGCUGCGACGCAGUGACAAGACGUUUGACCCUUUCUGUGACAGGAUUGACACCGUUGUGGCGAUCACACUAACCAUCAAGAUCUAUUCAGGGCAAUUUCUGUCUGAUAAGAGUGUAAAAACUGGAGUUGAAGUGGAGAUCAUUGGGUUGCCAGGAGACCCCAAGAAGAAAUAUCGCACUAAGUGGUCCACUACACCCAACUCCAUUAACCCCGUGUGGAAUGAGGAGCCUUUUGUUUUUGACAAGAUUCUUCUCCCAGAAAUGGCCUCUCUCAGAAUGGCAGUCCAUGAGGAAAAUGGCAAAUUCCUUGGUCAUAGAAUCAUUCCCCUUGACGCCAUUCAGUCAGGCUUCCAUCACAUCUGUCUACGCAGUGAAAGCAACAUUCCACUCACUUUGCCAGCACUAUUCGUGUACAUUGAGGUGAAGGACUACAUCCCUGCUGCUUUCGCAGAGUUCACAGAUGCUCUAUUCAACCCAACCAAGGGGACUGAAAAGAUGACAAGGACCCCUAAAGAGUCAUCCUCAGACUACAUUUGUCCUUAUGAACUGCCUUUUGUGCCUCAAACUGAAGUGACAAACGAAAUGGUACCAGCAGAUGAAAUUACACCUUCUGAACCAAGUCCACCCAUGAUUGAUGGCACUGAAUCAGCAUCCCACGAUGCUUCACCUGAAGCGAGUGGAGAAGACACUGCAGAAGAGAACUUGCCAGACACUCCACAAACUGAAGACCUUUUUCCGGAUGCUGAACCAGAAAGUUCUGUAUUAGAGACACCUCAGGGUGAAGACACUGUCUCUGAGGAUGACAUAACUGAAGCUGAGAUGACCACCAACGACAUAGAAGAGUCAAGCAGUGACUCUUUGAACUGUGAAUUAAUCUCAAAUGAUGAACUGGUUGAAGAUGAGGUUCAAGGAGAGCCCGGUCCAUUAAGUACAUCAGCGGGAUAUGCAGCAUCAGAUAAAUCAUCUUCAGCUUGCAGAGAAGAAACAUCCACCCUGACAACUGCAGAACUAACAGAACACAAGAGCUACCUGAAGGUCAUUAAGCGUCAGGAGAAGGAGAUGAAAGAAAUGGAAAAGAAGUACCUGAGAAAAACUGAAGACCUGAGCCAGAAAUAUUCAGAUGUUUUCAAGGCCUGUAGGAAGAAGGUCUCAAUAAAGAAAAAAGACGUAUUGGACUGCAGCCCAAAAGCAGCACAGAAGCACAAGCAAAAUAUGCAGGCUGAGCUGCACACUCUCUAUAAAGAACAGUGUGAUCAGCUGAAGAGGAAGAAAGAACAGUGUGCCAUAGAGAGACUGGCUAAACUGAUGGAGAUGGCCAAUGAGAGACACAGCAUUGAACUGAAGGCCUUGGAAAGAGAAGUGAAAGAGAGCAAGAAGACUAAAUCUUCCACACAGAAAGCUAAGCUGAAAAAGUCAACCAGUAGGGAACUAUUGGAUGAACCUGAUGAAUCUGAAUAUGUGUCUUGCCGGUAUAGCAUGCAGCUAGAGACUCUGAUGGCAAAACAGGCGUUCACGCUGGAGGAGAUCAAGGCUCUCACUAAUCAGCUUAAUCAGGAGGCUCUGAAGGAGCAUGAAGACAAAAUGAGAUCGCUCCCUGCUGCGGUGAUGGAGGCUGUUAACGCCUGCGUGGGCGUCCACUUCCCUGAACUCAUCGACCAGGCGGCCACCAAUAAAGCAGAAGGGUCAAAUAUCUAUGGAAAUGUCUUUCUAGGCUAA